UUCUUUCUUUUUUCUCUUUCUUUUGUUCCAAAUUUCCAUCCAAACACACUUUCCCCCUUUUCUUUAAAUUCCGUUGUGUAUUUGAACACCAUUUUCGUCCAAGUUCAUAUCUGAAUUCUCUCAUCUCUGAACCCAAAGAUCCAAUUUUUAUUCGAACCCAACUUCUAUUUCUUGCUUUUCUUUCGUGGGCUUCUCUCAUUUUCUCGAAAUUCAAAAAAAAAAAAAAAAAAGAAAUCAGAAUACGGAUUAUUUUUGCAUACGCGCGCGCGUGGAAAGAUGGUGGGAACGGUGUCUGUAGUGGGUUCGUCGUUGGUUGAUUCGAAGGCAUGUUCGAGCGGGGAUUUGGGUUUGCAGAGGAGGCGUAAUUAUUCAAAUGGUAAGAAGCGUGUUCCUCGUAUAGGGUCUUCUUCAUUGGAGCUGAGAAGCUCGUUUCUUGAUUAUUCUUCCAUGAAAAUUCUGUCUGGUUCCAAGAAUUUGAGGACUCAACAGAGGAAAAAUAGGAGUCUUGUGGUUGUUGAUGAACUUGCCGGACAGUAUGAAGAUAAUUUUGAUGAUGUCAAAACUCAAAUUCUCAACUAUUUCACGUACAAGGCUGUUAGAACGGUGUUGAACCAGCUCUACGAGAUGAACCCUCCACAGUACAGAUGGUUGUAUGAUUACGUCGCGACAAAUGAUCGUGGUUAUGGGAAGCGCUUUAUAAGCGAACUCGGUAAGGAGAGUCAAGAACUCGCUGAAAGAGUAAUGGUGACUCGUCUUCACCUCUACGGAAAAUGGAUUAAGAAAUGUGAUCACACGGAGAUGUACGAAAGGAUAUCCGAUCAGAAUUUGGAGCUGAUGCGUGAACGGCUUAUCGAGACUGUGAUCUGGCCAUCUCCGGACGACUCAAACACGAACAUGGAUGGAUUUUAAAAAUAGAAAAGACAAAUAUUAAAUUGCAUUUAUUAGAGUUAGGAAGAUGUUCUGUAAUUUCUUUGAUGCAUUUAAUCUGUUGUAUACUUACACAUGUUGUAUCUAUAGUUUAGGUAGAGCACUUUAGAUUAUGGGGUAAUGUUAUCCACUAGUAAACAGUAUUAGUUCAAUAUGCUUUUAGCCUUGUAGUACACUGCCUCCAUUUUCUCAAUUU